GGAUCGUUUGCUACAGAUAAUUGUUUAUAUGUAUGUGUAGUCUACGUAAUUACGAGGUUUACCAACAUGUGACAGCUUUAUCGGUAUAUAAAACUUUUUAAAGUUAAAAGUGGUUUUAUUGUGAAAACAAUAAUUCAACAAACGAGGACGCAUACGUUAGUUUGAAUGGCAAUGAUUGUAAAAUUAUUAUUCCUUCUGUUUGCUUUACCAGAGAUUGUUGAAGUGCAAAUUUUGAAGGAAUGCGUCCCUUAUCACAACUGUCUAACUUGUUAUGCGUAUCCAUUUAACUGCAACAAUUGCACUAAUGGCUAUUAUUUGACGAGAGGCGGGGCAUAUUAUACAUGUAGAAAAUGUCCCUCUGAAUGCACAGAAUGUAGCAAUAGAUUUUCAUGCGACAAAUGUAAAGAUGGACAUUGGGGAGAUUCAUGCCAAAAGAAUUGUUCUCGUGGAUGUUUAGAACACAUUUGUUUGAAGCAGUCUGGUAUUUGUCAGCCGCAAAAAUGCAAGCCUGGUUUUGUAAAAGACAAGUGUGACAGCUGUUCACCUGGAAAAUACGGCUUAGACUGCAAUAUAUCUGGUCCAAACUCUGGUAUAAUAUGGAAACUAUCACAAGUUCCAAAAGACUAGAUACCCAUCAUUUGAGUGUAUCAAUGUUUCUGACAAGGAGACAAAUAUUUUUGGAUUAUGCAAUAAACACUGGCAUUUGAAA